AUGGUGCUAUUAAUCCGCCUCACGCUGCUGCUCAUCGCAGCGGCGAGCGCACAGGCAUUCAAAAACAACCUACCCAAGUUUGCCGUGGGAGGGCUGAGUGAACUUGUCGUCACGGUCAAGGAAGGUCCGGAGAGUUUAGGCAAACCCCUAUAUCUGCUGAGAGGUGAGGAUGCGGAUGGGGAUACCCUCACAUUCGGAGCGCUCGGGCCUGACGGGAAGGAAUUAUUGCGAUUCGAACGCAAAUCGAAAACGGAGGCCGAGGUCUUCCUCAACAAGGAGCUCGACAGAGAGCUUCGCGACUCGUAUACCAUCGUGUUGACACUCACCGAUGGGAAGCUAGGCGACGGCCAAUUCAUACACCAAACGCUGGUGAUCAUCGUGGAAGACAUCAACGACAACGAGCCCGUCUUCAAAGCUUACAAGACAUCGCACAUCCUGCCCGAGGGCGCUCGACCUCAGCUGGUCGAUACUAUAGAAGCGACAGACAGGGAUCAGGGACCUUUCGGACAAGUAGUCUACCAGUUCCAGAACACAGACGCCGAAACAUUGUCCGUGUUCAAACUCCAACAGCAAGGUAGCCAGGCACGGAUAUCUCUGGUCGGCGCACUCGACUACGAAAGGAAAUUCGUCUAUGAGCUGCGAGUUCUCGCUAUCGAUCGAGCGCGGCAGGGUCCGCGACACACCGCUACCGCCGUCGUCAUCAUCAAAGUCGAGGACUUGGAAGAUCAGCCUCCGGUUUUCACCCAAGUCCCUGCAAUAACCCGGGUCGCCGAGGACGUCCCUGUUGGGUCAUCGGUGUUAACAGUCAAAGCACAAGACGGCGACCGAGGGAUUAACAAUGCGAUCAAAUAUAGAAUCAAAUCGGGAAACCUCCAGGGACUUUUCUCGAUCAACGAUGACACCGGAGUGGUUCGGACCAGCGGGAAAUUGGACCGUGAAUCGACAGAAUACCGGAACGGGGCUUUCAUUCUUCAAAUCGAGGCUUCAGAAGUUGGAUCGGCAAUUGCAGACUCUGUCGCUCGUACCGAAGUCACGAUCGUGAUCACGGAUGUCAACGACGAAACGCCAACGUUCCGGAGUCCUUUGUACUUCGCCGAAAUCAUUGAAAACGCUCAAAUUAACGCGCCAAUAACGUUCCUGGGCAACGCCACACCCGAGGUCUUCGACCAUGACCAGGGAACGAACGGAACUUUCAGUUUGUUUCUGGACGAUCCCAAAGGAACGUUUGAAGUGUUUCCGGCAGAAGUUGUCAACGAAGCGUCGUUCGUCAUCAGGGUUCGGAGGCCGCAGUUGAUCGAUUUCGAAGACACCAAGGUCAUAAAAUUCAAUGUCGUCGCAAAAGAAGUCAGCGGACUCAACCCCAAGACCUCAUCCGCGGAAAUAACGGUUUACGUCAGAGACGCGAACGACAAUUUUCCACAAUUCAUGGAAGAGACAUACCGAGCCCGCGUCCGAGAGGACGCUCAGGUCGGAACGGUCAUUGCCAAGGUUCAAGCCGUCGAUCGGGACUCGGAACUUUUCGGAACGGAAGGAAUCCGCUACACGAGCAUACGAGGACCGCUGGCCGACAAGUUACGUCUAGAACCCAUUUCCGGGGAAGUAGUCGUGGCCUCGAACAGCCAUGGAUUCGAUCGGGAAACGUUGUCGUCAUUCUCUGUGACCAUCGAAGCCCGAGACGAACUCGGCAAAGGAAGUCGGAACACCGUUCAAUUGGAAGUAACGGUCGAGGACGUUAACGAUGUAGCACCACUGUUCGACCUCCCGAUUUAUGAGGCGCGACUGCGGGAGAACGAUCCGCAGUUCAACAACCCAUUGACAGUUCAUGCCACGGACGGGGAUCAACCGAAUACGCCCAACUCCGCUGUUCGAUAUGUUCUCAUGGAUCACACUAGGAACUUCACGAUCAACCAAAGCACGGGCGAAAUCAAACCGAAAAAUACGAUCAACUUCGAAGCCAUACCCCAACCGAAAGGCGACAUUCGCGUCAUCGUGCUCACUGUGAUGGCCGUAGACGCGGGGCAGCCCCCGCUGUCCACGAACACAACGGUGAAAGUUUUUGUGCAGGACGCGAACGACAACGCCCCAAUCUUCAAACAGAAUUUCUAUCGCCAAGCAAUCCCUGAGGACAUCCGAGAGGGUAGCAGUAUAAUCCGCGUCGAAGCCACCGAUGCCGACGACUCUCCGGCGUUUUCGAAAAUUGCCUACAGAAUCGAAACCGGAGCUCAGGACAAAUUUGUCAUCGACGCAACAUCUGGUAUAAUUUCGGUUGCGCCCGGAGCUUAUCUGGACCCCGACCGAACUUAUCCAAAAUCGAAGUUGCACAGCCUCACGAUCGUAGCCUUAGACGGAGGACUCGGCGAUCAGCAAAUGUGGGCGGCUUGUCAAGUGAACAUCAGCAUCGUAGACGUCAACAACAAACCGCCUACCCUGCGACCCCCGGGGAUCGUGCACAUCAUGGAGAACACACCGUCAGGAACCGAGGUCGGUCAAUUAGUGGCAACGGAUCCGGACGACAAUCCAGACCUCAGUUAUUCCUUGUGUAGCGGCGAAGAAGCUCUAGCCAGCGAAGCCAAAAACGAGGAGGGGACCGUCGUGCCAUUCAAUGGCACGGACACUUUCCGAGUUGAUCUGAAAAGCGGGAAAAUCUUCUUGAGACAGAGCCUUGAUCGCGAGACGGUCGAAACAAUCAAGAUGUGCGUGCAAGUCAUAGACGAGGCGGGAGUCACCAAAGAUCAAUUGAGCCAAGCUAUUCUCAACGUGAAGGUUGGCGAUGUGAACGAUAACGCUCCGGUGUUCAGGAAACCCUUCUAUAGAGAAGCGGUGACCGAAAACUCGAAAAUCGGAUCGCCUGUCGUGACUGCACGAGCCAUGGACGUAGACAGGAACCGGACGAUCACGUACAGUCUCGAGGGUCCAUCGGAUCUCCUCAGGCUCAUCAGUAUCGACAGGAAGACUGGGGAAGUCCUCGUGAGCGAUAAGAUCGACCGAGAAACAACCUCUUGGAUCAAUGUCACCCUCAAAGCCACGGAUUCUGGAUUCCCGCCACUGACCGGCAUGACGUCGUUGAGCAUUCAGGUCUUGGAUGAAAACGACAACAAUCCAGUGUUCGCGGAGGGUUCGACAGAGUUUCACAUAUCAGAGGACAGUCCCAUCGCGACAGUUGUCGCCCAAUUGACAGCCACUGACGCAGAUGCGGGGGAACACGGACGGAUCACUUAUGCUUUGGACCCAUCUGGAACCCAUGGGAAAUUCAAAAUCGACAAAGACACAGGUGUCAUCACGGUCGCCGCCGGUCUCGAUCGGGAAGAAAUCUCUCAAUUUACCCUCAUCGUCCAAGCAUGGGACAACUACGAAGCCGGUGUGGGAACCGACCAGAGCCGCAGAUCGUUCAAGCAGAUAACCAUCCACCUCAGUGACGUCAAUGACGAGAAGCCAGUGUUCGUGAGACAACCGUCGGGAGAAUGCGCCUCAGUGAGCGAAUUCUUGAAUCCCGGAGAAACAGUUUUGACAAUAAGCGCCACCGACAAAGACGAGCCCGGCAGUCUCAACUCUCGGCUCGUAUUCUCAAUGGAUAUCGAUCAGCCGGAAAACGAUAUAUUCGAGGUCGAAACCCUUGCCGACAACCAGGCUCGACUCUUCACGAAAGUUCCUAUUAGAGGCAAAGUUGGCAACUAUUCACUAACAUUACGUGCACGAGAUCAAGGAUUUCCAAUUCAAAACGCCAUGGAGAAGUUUAAUGUAUGCGUAUUCGACGUGAACGAUCACGCUCCCGUGUUCAUCAAGCCUCCCCAGAACUACACCAUCCGUAUCCCAGAGAAUGCAACCAUCGGCACCGUAGUGGUAGAAGCUCUAGCCGACGACGAGGACCACGGUGCGAACGCAGCCGUUAAAUAUCGGCUCAAGACAUUGGCCAAUAAUCACUGGAGAACGUUCAACAUCGACGAGAACACUGGCGUCAUAACCCUCCGUGCUGCACUCGAUCGCGAGACUCAAAAAGUUUACGAAUUACGAGUCGAGGCCAGCGACCAGGGGUCGCCAACGCAGCUAACCAGCGACUUGGAUCUCACAAUUUAUGUCACUGACGUGAAUGACUACGCGCCAGAAUUCACUCAGGACGUGUUCCAGCUGACGUUUACUGAAAAUAUGACGCCCGGUCAAGAGAUGUAUAAACUGCUCGCGACGGUGGACCGAGACGAUGAUUUCGGUCAGAACAAGCCGAUACCGUGCUACUACAUAGUGGGCGGCAACGACGACAAUCGUUUCUCAUUGGAUAUAUUCACCCAUCAACUCGUUACAACUGAGGUUCUUGAUCGAGAAGAAAAGUCCCACUACACGCUGAUCGUGCAAGCCUCGGACGACUGUUUCCAUCAACCGAAGAGCGUCCUGAACUUCGACUCGAAAGACAACUCGCUGCUGCAAGUCGACAUCAAAGUUCUCGACGUUAACGAUAAUCCCCCGCGAUUCGUUAGCCGGGUAUUCACAGGUGGAGUCACCACGGAAGCUAAUUUCGGAACUACAUUCAUGAAAGUUCAGGCUGUCGACAUCGAUCAAGGCGAAAACAGUAAGGUGACCUAUUACAUCGACGGCGAAGUCGUGCGGACACUCACGGAGGGUUUGGACCCAAUUCAAGGCUCACCAUUCCUCCUGGAUCGCCGGACUGGUGAUAUCGCCCUGAACUUCUACCCCCAGCGAGGAAUGAAAGGAUACUUCGACUUCAAAGUCACCGCUAAUGAUUCCGAGGGCCUAUCGGACACAGCCAACGUUUUCAUAUACCUGCUAAGAGAAGAUCAACGCGUUCGGUUUGUGCUCCGGUUGACUCCGGAUGAGUUCAAGGAGAAGGAGCGGGAGUUCCGAAUGGUCAUGGCGAACAUCACCGGAGCAAUCGUCAAUAUCGACGAUAUCAAACUACACGAGAACAAUGACGGAACCGUGGAUCGGACGAAGAGCGACAUCUAUCUUCAUUUUGUGAACCGCGAGGACAACACAAUCAUGGAAGUGAUGACUGCCAUCAGCCUCAUCGAUCAGAACUCUUUCUUCCUCGACAAGCUCUUCAAAGAUUUCAACGUGCUUCAUAGCGAGCCGGCAGAGGCAUCGAUCGUCCGCAUCGAGGAAGACGACCCUCUCAAAACGUGGCUGGUCGGUCUCGUCGUAUUCCUCGUAGUCAUGCUGAUACUGGUCCUGUCGCUGUGCGUGGCUCAGAAAAAACGCUACCAACGUCAACUGAAGGCAGCGACGGUAUCGGCCUUCGGUUCCAGCAACAACAGCAUGGCCCACCGGCGGCACGAUUUGCCCAACACGAACCAGCACUCGGUCGAGGGCAGCAAUCCAAUCUGGAUGCAUUCGUACGACAACGAAUGGUUCAACAAAGAAGACGAGGAGUUACGGCACAGCGACUCGAACUCGCUCGACGAGAACGCCGUAGCCGACAACACGGACCAGGGUUCCGGGUCCGGAAGCGACGGCUACUCUACGUCGAAUCUCAUGAACGACCGCUACGUCAUCAGCCCGCAGAGCCGGAGUCAAGCUCGCACGCUACAGAAAACCCAACAGCACAAAGUACCGGCCCCGAAGCCUCCGCCGCCGCCGCCUCAGCGUCAUCACAAUAGGAACAAUUUCAAUACCGUCCUCGAUGUCGGAGUUGACUACAGCCACAUCUUCAACGCCAAAAUGGGAACGCCGAACCGUUUCGGGAAGCUCGAAGUGUCCGAACUCUGA